AUGUGUACCCCCAUUCUACCCAAACUGAUUUACUUCGUCGUCGCGCUCGCCGCCGUCAUAAUCGCCAGCAUCGACUCGCACGCGCAGUACGACGGGAUUCUCACCUUCUACGGCGACAAGGACUUCAAGGGUGAGAAGUGGCAGUUCCACCGCACGCUGGAGCCGCAGUACUGCUACAACGACAACGUGGGCAAGCCGUCGUCCAUCACGUGGCGGAACCAGAUUAAGACUGGCAACUUCGGCGGCAAAGCCAAGAUCGCCUUCUUCACCAAGCACGACUGCAAGGGCAAAGCGCUCGCGUGGUUCACCACCGAGAAGGACUUCCCCAGAAACCUGGAACUGGACCGUAUCGACAACCAAGUCAAGUCCUUCAUGCUGCUGCAGACGAGCUGGUUGCCCGACGUCAUCGUCCGCGACGUCGUCUAA